GGAACCUAAAAGCGGUACGGAAUCGUCCAUAUCGCGAUUCACCCGCGAUGAUGAUGAUGAGGAUUCCGUAGGAGAGCAAGAAAUCGGAGGAGGAAAACAACGGGUAAAACCGGAGGGAGUCGAAACAAAGAUCUCCGUGCUCACCACUCACCACCGAACAAUCCCUCCCUCCGCUCCCCAAUCAUCUAGUUGCGCGCCGAGGAUCGAAGCCCUAGGGGUUUCGCGUCCUUUUCCCCCUCCCCGAAGGAUCCGCGUCCAAAACCCUAGAACGGCUAAUACCUCGCGAUCGCCCACGGUGGAGACCUCGUCGUCUACGGCGGAGAGGGCCCGCCCCGGCGCUGGGUCAGGGUUCCGGUACCUCGCCGGCGCCGCCGUGGGGUGGUGGGAGAGGUGGAUGGUCAUGGGAUCCUCCGGGUCGAAGCUCGAGAAGGCCCUCGGCGACCAGUUCCCCGAAGGCGAGAGGUACUUCGGCCUCGAGAACUUCGGCAACACCUGCUACUGCAACAGCGUCUUGCAGGCACUUUAUUUUUGUAUUCCUUUCCGAGAGCAGUUACUUGAAUACUAUUCAAAUAGUAAGAAUCUAACAGAUGCAGAGGAAAACCUUUUGACAUGUUUAGCAGAUCUUUUCACUCAGAUAAGCUCCCAAAAGAAGAAAACCGGUGUUAUUGCUCCUAAGCGAUUUGUUCAAAGGGUGAGGAAACAAAAUGAAAAUUUCCGUAGCUACAUGCACCAGGAUGCUCAUGAGUUUUUGAAUUUCCUGUUGAAUGAACUCGUGGAUACUCUUGAGAAAGAGGCUAAUGCUGCCAAAAGUUCCCCAGAAACUUCACCAUUGCCUGAAAAAAUUGCUAAUGGACCGCGCCAUCCUCUACCUAACGGGGUGCAAAAAGAGCCAAUUGUCACUUGGGUUCACAAGAGUUUUCAGGGUAUACUGACUAACGAAACAAGGUGCCUACGAUGUGAAACCGUCACUGCCAGGGAUGAAACAUUCUUCGAUUUAAGCCUUGAUAUCGAUCAAAAUAGUUCCAUCACAAGCUGUCUUAAAAACUUCAGUUCCACAGAGACCUUGAAUGCUGAGGACAAGUUCUUCUGUGACAAAUGCUGCAGUUUGCAGGAGGCCCAAAAGAGGAUGAAGAUAAAGAAGCCGCCACAUAUUCUGGUCAUCCACCUCAAGCGCUUCAAGUACAUCGAGCAGCUUGGCCGCUACAAGAAGUUAUCGUACCGCGUGGUGUUCCCCAUGGAGCUGAAGCUCACAAACACUGUUGAUGGUGCAGAUGACUCAGAGUACUCCCUUUUUGCAGUUGUCGUCCAUGUAGGGACUGGCCCCAAUCACGGCCACUACGUCAGCGCGGUGAAAAGCCACAGCCAUUGGCUCUUCUUUGAUGAUGAGAAUGUGGAUAUGAUGGAUGAAUCAACCCUGCAGUCAUUCUUUGGUUCUGCCCAGGAGUUUUCGGGCAACGCUGAUCAUGGCUACAUCUUGUUCUAUGAGUGCGUCAGAUUGAGGAGCUGAGAGAUUUCCCCCCUUUCCUUUUUGACCUUCUAGAACUCUUUCGUUCUUUUUUUUCCUGUUAUUAUUUCUCCCUCAUUGUGGAAUUAGAAGAAGCUCUCCGAGGUUGUGAAUUCAGAUGUGUUGUGACAGUGUAUAUUUUUGAUGGUUGCAGUGUACAGUUGACGGUGAGGACAUGCCUUCCAACAAUAAAAAGAGGAGGGUAAAUGGGUGUUAAAAUGUUUUAGAAAACCUUUUCGCUUUCUAUGUCAUUGUCUAUAAAUGGGAAAUGCAUCUAUCUUUGUCUGCAAAUAGGAAAUGUAAUCAUCCUUGUAGAGAUGUUGUUCGAAUGUUCACAUUUUUUUCAACAGUGCGGGUGUAAACGGGUGUUAAAGUAUUUUAGGCUACUUCCUGUUUUACUUUC